GGUGGAUUUUUUAAGUAAUCGUAUUGACUGUAUCUUAAGUAUCGAGUAAUUAUUGUUUAGGUUUAAGUAGUUAUACACUUCUCAAAGAGAAACGAAUUUUUAAAUCUCGUAAGUUAUUCUCUGUAUUUUGUCCCGCCUUCGUACAAGAUCUAACACCUCUUUGAAUGGAAGAUAAUAAUUCAAGGUUUGUUGAGAAAUCAACAAUUGUGUUGCAAGCCUAAAUUACAAAGGAAGACGGAGUAAAGUUUCGAAUGAUUAAAUGUAGGGUUUAAAAGAAAAGAAAAAAAUUAUAUGAAUUAAAAGAAUGUUAAGUAGAGCGAAAUUUCAGAAUUUUUGUCUUUUCAAUUAUUUUACCUUUUUAAUAACUUGACCUGGAUGGCUAAGGGAAAACCGUAUCAUUAAAAGUCUCCGUCUUUCUGUAUGCCCGUUGUUAUUUUGAAAUCAGCUGAUGAUGUUUAUGAAAUGUAUAUCGAAAGCGUCAUAAACCGCAGUUAACUGCAGAACGUUGAAGUGUCCUGUAGAAGCAAAUUUCGUUUAUAAGCAGCGUAGGGUAUAUUUCACAGUGCCAUGGCACGAAAAGUAAGUUUUGAUAACUCAGGUGCACAGUGUGAUGAAGCUAUAUUUGCCAGAAGACGCAAUGCACGAAGCUACAGCUCGCCCUGUGCUGUUUCUACGCCUUUGUUUGGUACGAGAAGAGGAUCACGAAGUAUGAAACCCGUGUCUUCUGUGGACAAGAUUUUGCGGGACAUGGAGGACAGGUUCUACUUCGUGUCCCCGUCCAGCUCUGUCCAGCAGAGCCUGUCCGAGGACCAAGACGGAGAAGACGGCGACGAAUGGGAUGCGGAUGAAAUUGCCAACAUCCCUGAACCACCAGAUGGAGGAUUCGGAUGGGUCAUCGUGGCCGCUUCUUUUCUGUGUAACCUCAUACUGGAUGGUAUAGCUUAUACGUUUGGUAUCUUCUUUAUGGAAUUCGUCCGCUAUUACGAAGUUCCGAAGGGUAAAGUGGCAUGGGUUGGAUCUCUUCUAUCUGGAUUCUAUCUGAGUGUCGGUCCUAUUGUUAGUGCUUUAACGAAUCGAUUCGGAUGUCGAGUGGUCACCAUCGCUGGCAGCCUCGUCUCCUGUACCGCUUUUAUUCUGAGCACUAUGGCACCAACCAUCGAUGUGCUCAUGAUAACAUACGGAGUAAUGGGAGGUAUAGGAUUCGGAAUGGUUUUCCUGCCAGCUGUUGUUAGCGUAGGUUACUAUUUCUCAACAAAACGUGCUUUAGCUACAGGAAUUGCCGUCUGUGGAUCUGGUAUGGGUGCUUUCAUCUUCGCCCCAUUCUGUCAGAAACUUCUAGAAAUCUACGACUGGAAAGGAGCUAUGCUAAUACUUGCUGGGUUGACCUUAAACUGCGCAGUUUUUGGAUCGCUUAUGAGACCUUUGGAGCCUGGUCCUCGUCAGAAACCUCUGUUGCAAAGAAUAGCAGAAGAAAAAGAAAGGCACAGAAUGGAUUCCUUAUGUGAGAGCCAAUACAUGAUAAUUCAGCACUCGGACGGAACUGUAGAAAAAAGACCCAAAUUUGUCCUUAAUUUGGAGCCCGGGGUUCAUUCUACUCUGUAUCUUGACCAGUUUGGAAAAUCGCCAGCUGAUACUCCUGUUUUCACUUUAUCGCCAAUACAAGAAGCCAGAAAGUCUCCAGCCAGUUCGAAAGAGGAGGAGAUGGAUGAAAAAGACGAAGCUGAAGAGAAAGCUCCCUUAACGGGACCUUCAUUACCUAAAGUGGCAACAACUGUUUCUCUUCCUAACCACAGUUCAGCCGGCACACCGACUAAUGGACCUAAUGCAGGUGACCAACAAGAUGGUCCAUCAUCACCACACAUUCAUAAUGGAAGCUUACCUCAAACUGCCAUACGCGAGUUAGCAAAACGCAAAGGACUCUUGCCGCCUUUUAGGGGAGCUAUGAAACUUAGUCUGAGCAAUAUAACUGUUAAUAAUGAGAUGCGGAAAAAUAAUGCUUCUUUGAAGAUCUCAUCCAGUGGAUUCCUUUGUCCAGGUCAACAGAACAACAAUUUUAAUGCAGACGAGGUGUGGAAGCAAAACAUUCGUGAUCAGACUACUCAAACACCUGUUCCGCUGGACGGUAGCAGGAGGCCAUCACUGCGGCGCGAUCGCAAAGACUAUAGUCGGCCACUUUACAGAAAAGAUGUCUUUUAUAGUGGAAGCAUUCGUAAUUUACCCGAGUACAAACAGUCUCAAGGAGACGUGCGGUCUUACGUAGCUAGUGUGACAUCUAUCCCCAGGGAUAUACCUGUAUCUCAGUCUGUACUUGGCGAUAACAAAUCUGUUGUUCUUGAUGGUAAAGAAAAACCAAAACUGUGUCCCGACUGCAUAAAAUUACCGAGGUCAAUGACUGAUACAAUGUAUGAAAUGUUAGACUUCUCUUUACUGAAGAACCGUGUUUUUCUCAUGAUUUGCAUCUCUAACAUUAUAGGAAUGAUUGGUUUCUAUGUGCCAUAUGUUUACAUCACAGAUAGCAGUACCAUGAAAGGAGUUUCUCCAGAAAAGGCUGCUUUUCUGCUGUCUGUCAUAGGCAUUACAAACACCCUUGGACGACUUCUGUUUGGAUGGUUUGCUGAUCGCCCUGGUGUCUCAGCCUUGCUGGUCAACAAUAUUUCUAUUCUACUAACAGGAAUCUGCAUAUUUUGCUUGCCUUUCUGCAAUAACUAUACAGCCAUUGUAGUUGACUGCGUUCUAUUUGGAUUAUUUGUGUCCGCCUACAUUUGUUUAACUUCUAUUAUACUGGUGGAGCUGUUGGGAUUAGACAAAUUAACAAAUGCAUUUGGUCUUCUCAGUCUGUUUAGAGGAGGAUCUUGUAUGCUAGGAGCACCAAUAGCAGGAUCUAUUUAUGAUCUCACUGGGAGCUAUGACCUGCCAUUCUUUAUAGCAGGUGUACUCCUCAUCAUCUCUGCAAUAGUUAGUUUCAUGGUUCCUGUUGUAGCUAGAAUCUCAAAGAAUGAAGAGCCACAAGCUAACCCAGAGGUAGUCAGAGAUGAAAAUCAAGAUGUCAUGAGUGAUGACCAAGAAAGUGUGGUGUAAUUUAAUUUCCAUUAAAACUCCAGUGGAAAAAAGAUGCUUAAGACUGAAAAAUGUGGGCCUUGUAGCUGUGCUGGAUAUCAGCCAGUUAGAAAAAGCUUAACAAAGUAUGAAGGCACUAUUCCUUUGUUUAAAGUAUACUGAUGAAUCUCAUACAUUGAUAUUUUGUGGAAAACUUUUCAUACAAUUUGAUACAGAAGUGUGUAAAAAUGAAGAGUGUUUGUGAAAAUGAAUGCAUGCAUGGAAAGGCCACUUUAUAGUGUGUUUACAAGAGAGUAUAUGACAAGCUGCGAAAUCGCACACUUUUUUUUUCCUUUGAGCUUGGGUUUCAAUUUCCAAACUACAUCUUUUACAAUAUGAUAUAAAAAUGGACAAAGAAUAUAUAUAACAUGAAGCAUACCUUGCAGCUAAGAGUCUGUGAUAUGAAUGCACAUUCCCACAUGGGCAUGCUGAAGACUACUUUGAGAAAAGGAGCGUAAACUUUUAAAAGACAAUCACUCUCCUGCAAGCUACAAUGUAUGCAAAAGAAUGCUAAUAAAGUGGAAAUCUAAAGAAACCACCUAACCUUUGUAAAUUAAAUAUUUCCUUAUAAAACCUGAAAGCAAUAUCAUGCCAAAUGCAGUUUGUCAACUUAUAAUGAUUUUUAAAGUUCUCUCUAAUUUAUUUCCCGGAUAGAAAAAUUGAAUGCCUUUUAUUUUAUUAUAGAAAUAAAUAACAGUUAAUCUCAAAGAAAAAUACCAAAAGCAGUUUGCAAAAAAAUGUAAUAUGAAAUCAAUAUAUAAUAUUUUUUUCAUUAUCUUAGACAAUAUGAUUUCUAUCAUUCAUUCAUUCAUUGUGUUCAUUAAAAUAGUGAACAUAUACAUGUUAUGUAUAACAGGAACAUUUGUUCUAUAUCAUCAUAAGUUUCUGCAGUGGAGUUUUGUGACAGGGCCUGGGGAAAUCUUAAAAAAUUAAGAAACAUUUUUAUUAUGAAGUGUCUUGUGUACAAUAACACAUUUCCAUUAUUAAAGAGCAAAAGAAAAUUAUAUCUUAUCAUUUGCAGUAUACAAAAUAUAUGUAUAUUUGCAUUAUUAAAAACUAUAAAACUGUGUUAGUAUGUUUCAAUCCAAAGAAAAAGCAAAUACCCUUAUACCAGUGUCUAUUAGUCCUCAGUAUAAAAUACUCUCAGCAUAAGGUAUCAUUUCAUCAUUCUUUUAUAAUUGGACUUUUCUUAAAUAUUCUAUUCUUACUUUUCUUAAGGGAAAAAAAGCUGUUCUGUGUCUAAAAUUGAAAAAAAAAAAAAAAAAAAAAAAAAAAAAAAAUUGUGUGUGCAAGUACAAAAGUAACAAAUUAAGUCACCCCCCCCAAAUGAAAAUUCUAAAACACAGUAUUUUAACUGCAUAUUAUUUAUUCAUUAACUAUGGAUUAGUUAAUAUAUAUAUUUUUUACUCAAAACGAAAUAUGAAAUUAUAAGGUUAAUACAAAAGUCCAAGCUUAAUUAGCCCACUAUUAAAUAAAAAUUCUUUAAUUUAUAUAUAUGAAACCUAAAAAUCUAUGCAUGUAACUCUGACAGUAAAUAAAAAGUUUAUGACUUUUAGACAAUAUUGUAUGCUGAAUAGUAGAUUCUCAACUACUAAAAAUAUUUAUUAUGUAUAAAAUUCAAAACAAACAUCUUCAGCAUGGGAAAAAAAUUUCCAUUUUCAAAUAAUUAAGUAGACCAAAUUAUAGUUUCAAAAAGCAAAAAAUCUUGAAACUGUAAAUAAAUAAUAACACUAAACUGAAGUAAUAAAGAGAAUUUAGGUGACAUCAUUUAAUUGCAUCAUAUUGUAGUCUAACAUUAACUUUGUGACUUAUUUGAAUUUAGGUUAUCAUUCAUUAUUAUUUUAAUAUUUUAUUACGAUCAUUUUAAUAUUUUAUUCAUAGUUCAUUAACUUUGCUUUUAAACAUUUAUACUUUUUCAGAAUCCUCUAUGAACAAUAUACUGCAUUUAAGUUAUCUCUCAUGCAUAAAAUUAGAUCAGUAAAGGGUAACUUAUUUAAUCAAAAUUGGGUUAUAAUAUGUUUAAUAAUAACUUAUUUCUUUUAGACCAUUUCUUUAUUAUGCAACUAUAAAAAUCAACUUCAGGUUCCUUUUCCCAAACAUUUUUAAGGACAACAUUAUUUCUCUUUAAAUACAAAAUUAUCAAAUUAUUCCAAAGACUUCACUUCUGAAUUAUUCCAUUCACCUUCCAAAGACUUCUGUGUUUGAGAUCUAGCUGGAGCCUUCUGAAAUAUGCUUCUCUAUUGUUUCGCCUUUUGAAUGAAAAUUUUUAUUAUAGCUGUGUAUUUAAUAAUUUCCUAGUAAGCUAUAAAAUAUAUUUCUCAAGAAAAUGUUUAAAGCAUAUUGUAGAAAUCUCUUCAAAAUUUUCAUUAUGUUUCAGUUUCACAGCACAAUGAUACAUAAAUAAUGCAUUCUUCAAUCAAAUUGAAUCUUCUAUGUUACUUAGGAAAAUGCAUUCUGUUCUAAUCAGGGAAAAAUAUGUUGUUUAAAUGUUUGGUGCAAAUGAAUGCGUCAAUAAAAUUCUAUUGAUGACUUGAGCAAAAUUUGUAACUCGCAGCAGAAAUGCAUUAUAUGUAAAAUACAUAUGAUAAACGAGAGUGAAAUAGUUUUAAAGUAAGUAAAUUAGUUUUCCUAAUUUAUGAUUUGGCACCUGCUAGGAACUGAAAAACUGCUUACAGUAAGAAUUUCCCCAGGUCUAAGAUGCAAAAGUAUCAUAUACAGUGAAACCUGUAUGUGCUGAUGAUUACAUAUUCCUAACAACAAACAUAUAGCUUGUUGACAGUUUUAUCAAAACUGUGGUCACUUUACAUAAAUAGUUAAAUUCAAGAACAGCAGCAUUUUACAGCUUUCACUGUAUGUACAUGGGGAGGUGACAGGAGGGAAAAUGUAGUUAAUUCAUGAUUAAUUUGUUGUUUGUGCUCCAGAUGACUUCUUUUACCUUAGAUGUAUUAUGAAAUAGUAAAGAACCUCUUUAUGAUGUAUUUUGAAAUAUACUAAGUAUAUAGAAACCCAAAUAAUUUAUGAGAGAAAAGAAGUUAAUGUAUUUUAGAACUGCAAGUUUUAGCUCCUCUGUGAAUAUGCUUAUCUGAUUACAGUUAUUAAUGACAGCACUUUGAUGUUCUUACUAGAAAGUUUCUUGUGAUAUUGUAUAAAAGGGAUCAAAUGUUAUUCACUCACCCUAUGUUACUUGUUGGGAAAAAGAAUGUAUUGGUCAAUUUCGCAUAUGCAGUGCCUUUUGGCGCCUUCCAUUGGCUAUAAUUGUAUUUGUUUAGCAAUCAAUCAAUUUCAAGAAUAAAAAUGUAUAAAACCUUAA